AUGGAGUGUGUUUCGCCCUCGCAGUGCCGCAAUAAUACACUGAAACAAUUCGGGGCCUUCAACCGUGUGGAUUGUAACAGGAAUCAGAUCUGCUGUCCCAUAGCUAAUAAAAUCGAAGUGGACAGUGGCCAGUGGCCACAGUGCGGCUAUCGAUUAGAGAAUGGGAUUCCACAAGCCACUGACCGUCGGAUAGCUGAGAACGAGGCCAAUUUCGCAGAGUUUCCCUGGAUGGUGGCCCUGCUGAGGCGAGAGGAUCCGGUGCUGACCAUGUAUGUGGGCGGCGGCUCCCUGUUAACACCGCAGGUCGUACUAACAGCGGCUCAUAAGGUGCUGAAUAUAUCGGAGAGCGAACUAAUCGCCAGAGCUGGCGAAUGGGAUCACCAGACAGCAGAGGAAGCCUACCUCCAUCAGGAUCGCAACGUACAGCUCAAGAUCAUCCACAAGCGAUUCGAUGCGCAAUCGAAGGCCAAUAACAUAGCAUUGCUGCAGCUGCAGGUCGCGUUCGUGCCGAGUCCCCACAUAUCGCCCAUCUGUCUGCCCGAUGCUAGCGAAACCUUUGACAACCGUCGCUGCAUCAUCACGGGCUGGGGCAAGAGCCUGGACAACCGCAAUGACUACCAUCACGUUCUCAAGAAGAUCGUCGUGCCCGUUCUCUCGCGCAGCCGCUGCAAUGACAAACUGCGCCAGAUAUACAAUCCGUUCUUCAAUCUCGACUACGGUCACAUUUGCGCUGGCGCCGAGAAGGGCAUCGAUGCUUGCCUGGGCGACGGCGGCAGCCCGCUCGUCUGCCCCAUCCCGGGCAGCCCGAACCGAUACCACCAGGCUGGCAUUGCUGUCUGGGGCAUUGGCUGCGGCCUGGAGAAUGUGCCCGCUGGCUAUGUGAAUGUGCCGCACUACAUACCCUGGAUUCAGCAGGAGCUCAAUAAGCUGGGCAUCGAUUUGGAAUACAACAGAGCUUAG